GCUCCCGGUUACGUCUGAUACGACCAAACACUUUGGGGAAGGAGCUGUAAGGAGGAGAAAUCAGGAAAGGCUAAAAUUACAAGAACUAGAAGAAGAAAGGAAAAAAGAAAAGAAAAGAGAAGAGGAAGUAGCUGAAAGGAAACAGAAGCCCAAAGCCAAAGCUGAGGCACCUCAAGAGCCGGACUCUUCAGAGGAGUGGGAGGAGAGGCAGUACCUAGUGUCUCAGAGGCGAGUUGAGGCACUUCGGUUCCUAAGUGUACUCCUGAGGAACAUUUCAGGAAGGCUGUUGCCAAAUUGUUCUUCAAGUUUGGGAUCCACACUGUUUAACCCACAGGAGGUCGACGACAUUGGCACCAAAGCUAAUGCUUCUCGAGGGAACACAUUGAAAACUCUGGAGGAAGAAGAGCUAAACACUCUGCAUCUUCAAAAUCAAGAGGAAAUAUCAAAAUAUCAGGUUGCCAAGUCAGACAAUAAGCAAAAACAAAAAAUGGAGAAAAUAACUAGGGAUCACUUACAGAAAUCUUCCCACUGCCUUGGGGAAGAAAAUUUAAGGUAUUCCCCUAGAAAACAGAGAACUGGAAUAUUAUUAGGUGAUGAAGAAUAUGAAUACGGUUUGUUUUUUGAGCAUAACUCCUUGGAGAUUACGAUAAUUAAAGACCAGUCUCUUGAAAAUGAAGAUCACCAUGGUUCUAGUGAAUCCUGUUCCAAAUUAUCUGGGAGAGGCCAAGGCAGGAAACCUAAGAUCCAUGAAACAGAUGCAUUUUUUGACUAUCUUUUCAAUUAUUAUGAGGCUCCACAAUAUACUCGUAUCUGCCUAGAAACAAGUCAGGCAGCAGGCACAUGUCAGUGGCAGAGGGAUGUCCAAACUAAGGGAGAUGGAUUUCAGAUUAGUUUGAGAAAGCGUAGGCAUCACUCAAUCAAUUCGAGCCAAGGGGAAAACCUGGAAAGGAAAGAACAGGUUCAAGAAAAUGAUUACUCAUCGAACGUUUGUACUCAGGAUCCUGAGCAUAAACGAGGAGAAGUAGAUUAUGCCAAAGAAUGUACUAAUGGGUUUAAAACUCAUUGCCAGGAGACAGCCCAUAAAGCUGGUGGUCAGCUGUCCCCAACUGAUGGAAACAGCCAUCUGUUGGAAAAGACUCAUACUUAUAUUGAAGAUUCCAAAUCCACAAGGAAAAGCCAAGUGUCCACACCCCACGAAUCAAUAGGCUUAGAUUUACAGUUGACAGAUUUCUUAGAGGAAAUUAGUAGUGAUUCUGAAUGCUUCAGUGAAACCCUUAGUGUAAACAAAGAGGAGAAAGAGAAAUCUGUGGCCACAUUUAAUAGUUUCUCAGAAAAAGAACCUCUUGACACUGACAAAAUGAUCACGCGCAAACAAAAUACAAGGUUGAGUCAGCAGACCUUUUUUUCAAAGUGGAGGAGUGAUGGUGAGGAAAAAUACUCUAAUUACAGGUUUAGGACACCAGGCAGGAAGUCUGAGUAUGAACCGAAAUGGAUAUGUUCAUGGCGUAGGGGUGAAAGUCAUUUCAUUACACAUGAAAACAACAAUGACCAAAUGAAGGAACAGAUAGCCCCCAAUUACUUUUUUGAUGAAGAUUACUACCAGGAACCCAGUUCCAGUUAUCUAGAGGGGAGGUUUAGUGAUAGUGCAUUGGAUCAGAAAGUGAACUAUGGGCCCUCUCAGGUGCCCCUUGCCAAUACACCUGGAGUCAUUUUGACCUAUGCUUUCAACUUUGGCAAGAGAAAUGUUUUGUAUUUGACCCUGCUCAAGCUUUUAAAUGCUACUUGA